AGGCAGGCAGAGCGGGCAGGGCAGGCAGUGCGGGCAGCGCAAGGCAGCUCGCGCCGCCCGGGGAGGGCUCUAAUUCAUCACCCCGUUCAGAGGAGAGGAUGGGACGCCGCUAAACUCCCCGUUCUCCCUCCUCCCUUCCCCCCUCGCCAGGCAAGCCCCCCCUCUCCUCCCCCCUCCGCUGCUCUUUCUCCCUCCCCAAGCAGUGAGGCUCGGACAGUGCUCAGCUCCAGUGCUUUAUUUUGAGAUGAUCGGCCAAGGUCUUUGCAGAUAGAUUUUAUCUGAAGUUAAAUAGCAGGCGCUCGCCGCUCCCUCACCAAUAAGUCAUUUUUAAUAGAGACAAAUUGCCCUGGACGCCCCGGAGCGCCGGUGCCGCCGCUCCUGCCCGCGCCCCCCGCCGAAGCGGAGCGGGCAGCCCGGGCAGCUCCCUCCUCCCGUAAGUGUCCUGCUCGGCGGAGCCGGAGCGCGGCCGUGUGCGGAGAAGGGGAGGCGAGAGGGGGGGAGAGCCUGCCAGCCGCCCCUCCGCCCUGACAGUGCCUGCGCCGGAUGCACAGUGGCCGCGGGACACCUUGGUGCGGAGCGCGGCGAGGAGAUGCGCAGGGGCGGCGGGCAGCGCCGCGGCGCUCAGCCCCUCUAGGCUCGCCCAUGGAGCGCCCCGCGGAGCCCCGGCCGCCGUCGGAUCCCCCACGCCGCUGGUGAGAGCUCUGCUUGUUCUGUAAAGUGGAUGUCAGGUGGAUCUAUGUUCUGGAAGGAACAAAGAGGCAGCGAAGGCAGCGCAGGGGAAGUUUGAGCGGCGAGGAUGCAGGCUGUGUACUGGUACGCGGUCCUUCUGCUGCAGCCCACCCUCUACCUGGUUACCUGUGCAAAUUUAACAAAUGGAGGAAAAACAGAACUUCUAAAAUCAGGAAGCUCCAAAUCCACACUAAAGCACAUAUGGACAGAAAGUAGCAAAGACUUGUCCAUCAGCCGACUGCUGUCACAGACUUUUCGUGGAAAGGAAAAUGAUACAGAUUUGGACCUGCGAUACGAUGCCCCAGAAACUUAUUCUGAGCAAGAUCUCUGGGACUGGCUGAGGAACUCCACAGACCUGCAAGAGCCUCGGCCCAGAGCAAAGAGACGGCCCAUCGUCAAGACUGGGAAAUUUAAGAAAAUGUUUGGCUGGGGAGAUUUUCAUUCCAACAUCAAGACUGUGAAGCUAAAUCUGUUAAUAACCGGGAAAAUUGUUGACCAUGGCAAUGGGACGUUUAGCGUUUACUUCAGGCAUAACUCCACUGGUCAAGGGAAUGUAUCUGUGAGCCUAGUGCCCCCUACAAAAAUAGUGGAAUUUGACUUGGCACAACAGACGGUGAUUGAUGCCAAAGAUUCCAAGUCCUUUAACUGUCGAAUUGAGUAUGAAAAGGUUGACAAGGCUACCAAGAACACACUCUGCAACUAUGACCCUUCAAAAACCUGUUAUCAGGAGCAGACCCAGAGCCACGUGUCAUGGCUUUGCUCCAAGCCCUUUAAAGUAAUCUGUAUUUACAUUUCCUUUUAUAGUACAGAUUAUAAACUAGUACAGAAGGUGUGUCCUGAUUACAACUACCACAGUGACACACCCUACUUCCCAUCAGGGUGAGGACCAACAUGUGUCUGAGACUGAAGCUUGGGGAAUAAAAGAGGUCGUUUGACAGGGCUGUAACCUCGAGGAGGAAGGCCACAUCUAUUGCCUGGAAUGUGUCUACCUACUGCUGCUGAUGUCUGCAAAUGGCUGCAAAUAUGUUAGUGGAAAACAAUCUAAUGUAAUUUUUGCCCAGUCAGCUCCAUGUAUCAAUCUAGUUGUAAAUCACUAUGGAUUUGAAAUAAAACCAUACACAUACACAGAGACACACACUCUUUUCAUCUCACAUCUAUUGAGAUUCCUGUUAAGAGAGCUUUCAUUUUCUGACAUGUAAGGUUUCAGGAUAACCUGUCAUCAAGCAAAAUGGAUUAACUAGAUAGAGAAUGGUUUCUAACGCAGACUGUUUUGGAAAUCUCUUUGAAAGUCCUUUGGGUACACGCUGAUCAAUAACCCCCACUCAUGCAUUCUAUUGCUUGGAAUAGCUGUGCUGGUAAACACUACUGUAGGAGUAAAUACUUGUUAAAAUGGGAAAAAUGUGUGUCUAGAGUUCAGUAUUCCUUAUUAUAUGAACACAGCAAAGCAUUGUGACUUUUUUCCAGCAUACAGUAGGCACAUUCGAGGUGGUAUUAGGUGGCUUUUUUUCCAUGGAACAAGCCUGUGAUUGGUAAAGAUGGGCAAACAUUUGGAAUUUACAUGUGAGCAGACAUUCUGGUUUCAUGUUUAUAUCUGACACUUUAAUCUCUGAUUCUCUAAACCUGGUUGAGUUUAGGCCAGCUAAGGUACUUAAACAUUCUGCAACUAAUCACUAAGGAGGAAAAUGCCUGCUGGAGAACAUGUAAGUUAGAAGUGGCUGUCUUAUCUUUAUUACAAAAUAUUGUAACAAAUUCAAUAUCCUAGUCUUCAUUUGUAUGAAUGGUUUGUAUUGUACAUAAUUUAACCAGUGUUAUUUGAGCUGCUUAUUAAUAUUAACUUGUAAUUGUCUCUCUGCUUGUUAUUGGUUAAAAACAAUCAAGGAAAUGAGGAAUCCAUUUUAUCAAUGUAGCUGUAAACUCCAUUAAAAGACAAAACUAUGUACAAAGCAUUUAUUCAGCUAAAGUCUUGUUGAAAGCUAUACAUAUACAACAUUACGGUAUGUCUGUAUUUAGAUAUUUUAUUUCCAGAGAAAAAAAAAUGAACUGUACAUAAAAAUAAAAAAUCUUGAAGUUGAGUUUCAAUAUGACUGUGUAGAUAGUAGUUUAAAUGGUUCUGACAAGUGGAUAGCACUCCAAGUCUGACAUGGUUUUCAAUCUUGUUUCUUUGCAUAUGUACAUAUAUAUGCAUAUAUUUAUAAAUUUGUGUGUGUGCAUGUAUGUACGUGUAUAUGUGUGUGUGUGCGUGCGCACAAAUACAUAUAGGCAUAUAUGUAGAAUAUAUAAAAAUUUCUCAGGCCCUAUUCCUAGCAAGCAGAUCUUAUUAUUGAAGGAUCUUGAUAACCUGAGUGGCAGCCUCCAUGCAGUUAAGAAAUUACAGGAUCAGGGCUUUGUUUAAAAUGAUUCAUUAUCAUUUAAAAGUGUGGAAACAAGGAGACAUUCUCUGUAAACACAGGCCUGUCUUUGCCUUAAUUCUAGCCUUCUCUGAGGCACUGAUCUCUAUGGAAUAAAGAGAUCCCUUUUUAUGGUUCAAGGGUAUUUCAUUCCUAUAAACACAAAGCUCAUAGCUUUUGUUGUUUUUAUUUUGGUUUGGCUUGGGUUGUUUUUGUGCAUAGUGGCAUACUUUACCCCCAGCAUGCAGGUAACUAGCAACUAUAACAAGUUCAUGCCUAAAAGAAGGCUGCCCAAAGAAGAACUCAGUAUUUCAUCUUGUGUCUUUCAGAAUUAUCGUUCCUAGUAAUGUUUUCUUCCCUCUUCCACCCUCACACCCCAGGUUCCAUGCUUUUGUGUCAAAACUGUGAAUGCAGAUAUGGGUCAGCUUCCAAAUAUGCACAACAUCAUGAACAGCUUCUUCAAAGUCCCAAUAAACGCUCCACUAAUGUUUCAAGAAGUGAGAAGUUUGAAACAACUUCCAGUUGUGGACCUGUCUUGCUGAAAUGUGCAAAACCUAAGUAAGAAUGAAACAAAUGGAUAAUUUUCACAUUGAUGUAUGGGUAGCAGAGGAGACUUCCACAUUAUUAUUGCUUUGGCAUCUUUAUGUGAGAAUGUUUGUGGGAAUUUCUUUAUAGAGAUAUAUAUACAUUUCCCAGGACAAACCUGUGACCCUGGACCCUGUGUACAUUUGGAGAAAGAAAUGGUCCAAGCCAUACAGUCCAGAUUCUGAUCUCAUUCAGGAAUAUGCUGAGAUGCAAUUUUUCUUUUCUUUGACAGGAAUUGUGAUCGUACUGGUAGUGUUUACUCUUUUGUGCUCUAUGGAAAGUAACUGUUCUGAAUAUAAACCAUGAAGUAAUUUGUGCUAUGACCAAGAGUUAAAUCUUGUCUCUAUUAAAGUAAAUGGGAAUUUUGCUAUUGAGUUCUGUACAAAUUUCCAUUUAAUAGUAUGUAGAAUUCCAGUGUUAAAUAUGAUUAGGAAGCUUAGCAAUCCGUAUUACAAUUGAGCAUUACAUGCUUUGUGUUCUUAUUUAUAUUUCUGAAAAAUUGAUGUAAAAUGCUAUUACUGGUAGUUUCAUUAUUUUUCUUUCCUUCUUAAAACUUCCUAUAAAUAUAUGAAGUAUAUGCAUUCUGUUCACAUAUGUACAUAUUUAUCCACUUUUCAAGUAACAUAAAUACAAAUCUGCCUUUGUCACAAUCAGUCAUAGUAUGCUGUUCUUCAUAACCAUUCUUGAGUUUGAACUUGGAAGAGUUCUUUUGUUGAUCUGGUCAUGAAAUAGUUAUCUAAUAUGGAAAUAUAUAAUGUGUUCUUAUGUGCUAGUUCAUGGCAUUUCUCUUUGGGAAAUAUUUCAUGUUUGCUAAUUUUGUUAAAGAAUGUUUCUGGUUUUACCAUUUGAAAAAGGAAUUUAAUGAACAUGAAUGUGUUAAUUCAGUUAAACAAUGUAUGUAUGAGUAUCUGGGUCUUGCACAUGAAUAAUGCCUUAAUGGAGUGCCAGGCCAGGCAAAUAUUGCCUCAAUAUAACUCACCAAUUCUAGACUUAAUAAAGAUGUAUAUCUCUAAAGGUA